GAUGUCGGUUUGGGCGGUAUUGUAGGAUCUUGAGCUGCUUUGCAGUUAGGUCUGAGCGAUAUGGUACGUGGAAAAGUUAAGAAACUGUUGGAUAGUCUUCCUAAUUCGCAGUCGGCAUCCAAAUUUCAUCCUGAAGGAACUUUGGUUCCAGAGGGCACUUUGACUAUAGCAUUAAAGGAUGGUGCUUACGUAAUACCGGACGAGUUGCUUCGUCAGAGGGUAUGCGUAGGAGAGAGUCAAGUGUUGGUGAGAUGGAAACAAGUACGAGGAGAUGAUCAAAAAGGAGAAUCGGAACAGACUUGCGACGCAGGAAGGCACUAUCUCAAGUGGAUGACAAGAGAAGAGGUAGUGGCCUGCUGUCCUCAUCUUCUUCGACAAGAGAAAGCUGAUCAACCGCAGACUAGCGACAAGGACAAGGAAAAGGAAACGGAAGAGGUCGAAAACAACGUAGAAAUUGUAGAUGAGGAGGAACUGAAAGACAUGCAGCAAGAUGUCUCUCAACUAGUCAAGAGGGCAAGACGUCAGAUGAACAAGGGACCUUCUGCAGCCAGCCUUCUUGCUAAUACAAUACAUGUACUGAGUGCUUAUGCUCGAAACGGAACGCUUGCAUCUGCUUUUAGAGAAAGUGGAGCUUUAGAUUUGCUGCUAGAUCUAGUAUGGUCAAAGGUAGUCAACGUAAGACAGAGUGCUGGUCACAUGCUGAAAGCUCUUGCUUCUCAUGACUCUGGUAGUCGUGCUUAUGUUCUCUUGUCAUUGACACGCUCUGACAAUGACUCUCCUGCUGAUGCAGAGAACAGAACAACGCUAAUGGAACUGUUUGCUGAAACAACUUCAAAAGAGGAACAUGGAUUUUCAUUUGACAACAUCAGUCUGCCACAGGUGUCUGGUCGUGCAUUGUUUUCUCUCAUGAAGAAAUAUCUUCGUGUUACCUCGCUGUUGGAUGAAAUAGAGCAGCUGGAAUCUAUAUCAUCAUCUGAUGAUACUCAUUCUGGCCAGGCCUUGAAAUUGCAGUUUGAACUAACAUGUGCGACAUCACAACUGAUAAUAGAUUUAUCUGAGGCAAUGGGUUGGAACAAAACAGACACUUCUGAUGAAGAGCAAGUUGCUAGCAAGCAACCCAUUAUUUUGGGAUCAAUAUUUGCUCCAUCUGUAGUAGCUGACAUGAAUAUGAAAGUAUCUCAAAAGUACAAGAAACGUCGGGAUUUUACUUCUCGAGAAGCAUACGGUGAGUAUGUGAAGGCCACAUUGGAACCAGCCAUGCGGGCAGUUUUACUUGAAGAUUAUGAAUCACUGUCAGCUGGAGAUGUUGGUGAAUUCAAGCGAUCUAAUGAUGGUACUCCGCCUGCUCAGUUUCGAUGGGAAACUUAUGGCAGUACAUACUGGGUUCAGUGGGAACUAGUAGAGAUUAUUGACCCCCACAAUGAGACUAAAGGUCAUGAAGGUGAUGAACCAGUGACUGCUUUAAAGGCAAGUCGACUACCAUAUGGCUUUAUGGUCAGUAAAAUGUCUUCUGCACGUAGCAAUGGAAACAGCAUAUCUCGUGCUAAGUGGUGGGAGAUGUUGGCUGUUUUUAAAAGGCUUGCUGUGGCAGAUCAACAGUAUGUUUGUAGCAGAAUAAAAGAAAUUACUGGCUUUUUUGAGAGCUAUCAGGGACUAGAUGAUGUCAUUUCAGUGAGUAUUUCAUCUGAACAGGCAGAGAUGCUGUUAACUGAAGUACGUACCUUACCAUCUGGCUAUUUGCUACCAUCUCAGCUGCAGUUGGAACAAAGGAAGGAACAAGAUGUGUUAGAACAAGACAAGAAGAAGAAGGAAGAUGAAGAGGACAAGCAGUCAAGUUUAUUAGAUGAAAAUGUCCAAGUUGAAGAAGUAGAAGAUAUUGUAGCUGAUGAUGGGGACAAUGAAAUUAUUGAGAAGCUGAGUGCAAUUGAAGAUGAGUCAAAAGUGAAAGAGUUGAGAGAUGCCUUUGAUCUCUAUGCUAGUCGGCCUUCUGUACUAUGCAAAGUCUUGGAUAGCAUACAGUCAUGGGUUGAAAACAGCAACAAGACUCAGGUUACUUCAAGUGAAGGAGACAGUGUGUUGGAAUCUGUUGUUGGUGUAAUGACAAAUAUGAGAAGUGUUCGACAGGUUUGUGAGUCGGCAUGUCAAGUCCUUAAGACAUUUGGGAACAAAGGGGAAGAGGUUCGGAUCAAUGCUGCUACAAAUGGAGCUAUCAAAACAGUCUUGCUGGCUAUGCACACGCAAAAGAAGUCAUUGAAAAUGCAGACAGUGGGGAUGGAGGCUUUGAAGGCUUUGCUAGGUGCACAAACAAAACCAGAUAUGGAUUACAAGUCAUCUGAGACUUUCAGUGUGCUACAAGAAGUUGUUGCAACAAUUGCUGAUCCAGUUGGUUUCUAUGGUGGGCUAGCAACUCUUCUAUCGGCUCUCAGACUUGUAGUUUCACAAACUGUUCAGGUCAAUCAGCAGCAACUGAAGAGUGCUAUUGAAACAGGUCUGGCAUGCCUUAAUGUUUUGACUUCUCCAUCAUCAAGUCAACCAUCGUGCCUUCUCUCUUGUCUUGUGACAUACGGGACUACUGAUGUGGUUAUGGCUAGUCUUAAAAGGUACAGAGAAGAUCGGAAUAUUCAACAGUUAGGACUGCAGAUUCUUGCUCAUCUUUCAAGAGCUUCUGUUGAUCAGAAUCCUAUGGUACUAAAAGACAGUAUCUAUUCUCCUGCCAAAGAGGAACUGCAUUUAGCUCUACUGUCAAAUAUACUUUCUACACUUUCCACAUUUGCUGACAAAUCUGAUGCGGUUUUAUUGGUGUGCAAUGUUCUCACGGAGUUGACAUUAGAAGGAAACGACCCUCAAGGCUGUGCUCGGAAAAUGUUUGUUGAAAAGGGUUUACUGAAAGCACUUGUACAGGCACUUGACAAGCAGAAGGAAACAGAAGCUAUUGUCAAGAAAGGAUUCCAGGUAAUUAAGUCUUUUAGUGAGCUAUGUGAAGAACAAGUUUGUGCUCUCGCUACUGAUGGUGGAAUUAGUUUGUUACUGGCAUCCAUGCAGUCUCAUUCUAGUGAUCAAACAGUUGGAGAAAUUGGAUGUCAGCUUUUGGAAUUAAUGACUCGUGAUGUGGACAAUGCUAUUGUUAUGGCAGCUAACAAUGCUAAAGCCAUAAUAACAACAACAAUUGACAAACAUUCAAUCAAAAAGGUGCAAGAUGUUGCCAGGCAGCUGCUGUCUCGAAUGGAAGGACUUGAUGAACGAAUUGCUCUCCAUGAACGCAUUUUGCAGUCCGUAUUGGGAGGAACCAUUCAACUGUGCUUGUCAAGAAUAGAUGAAGCAAGAAGGAGUCAAACUCAACUCAAUAUGUUGCAUGUUGAACAACUCAUCAGACAGCUUUGCAUUGACUCAGACUUGGUCACUCCAUCUGAUGGCCAGUGUUGGGACAAGAUUGAAGUGUCUUCCAAUAACUAUCGGAAGAGUCGCCUUACUGAUGGAGACAAACAUUCUUACUGGGAAAGCAGUGGUAGUUCAGGCAGUCAUUGGAUUCGAUUGCAUAUGCUGAAGGGAGUUGUAGUCAGAAAACUGACAAUGCUACUGAAUCCUACUGACUCUAGUUAUAUGCCACAAAAAGUUGUUGUGUAUGGUGGAUCAACUAGUGAUUCUCUGGUUGAACUUAAAGAGCAUAACAUUUCAUCUUCUGCUCAUGCUGUUACUUUGUUGGAGAAUGCGAAGAAACAUUUUUCUGUGAUUCAGAUUAAAGUUAAACGCUGCCAUCAGGGAGGUAUUGACACAAGAAUUCGGGGCAUUCAGUGUGAAGGGCCGCGUGCUUCUUACUGGCCUUUGUUUAGUGAUUCAUUUACAGCACGAAGUCUUCUUUACUAUCAUAUACAAACAAGGACAUGGGGAAGUCAAAAUAUUAGUGCUCUUGACUUAUUUGACAGGUUCAGUAGUGCUGUGUGGCAUGAACAAGAGUUUGCGGAUCAAUUCCUGCCAACUCAAGAAUCAAGAAUUGCACUAGGAAAUGCAUGCAGAGCUGCUUUGGUUACUCCAUUACUGACUACAGUGACUGCAACAAAUGAGUCUAAUUCUGGCAGUAUUUCACAUCUGAUCAGUCAGUAUGUGUCAUAUGUUGGAGAACAACAUUUUCGUUAUGCUGAUUUUGAAGAAGAAAGUGAUUUGUUGAUGGAGCCAUCCCAACUUAUGGAGUUGUCUCGUACCCGACGAAUGUGCCGGCUUUUAGUUGAUUGUGACCAUAAGCCUGUAGAUGAAACAGAUGAUGGCCAAUCUUUUUCUGGUGGGGGCUUGGACUUAAUGAGUGAUUGUUGGCGCUCACUGGUUCGUCAACGUUUGGAAGUCUUUCUUGCAAGUCAUUCAUCUCAUCGUAUGAGUCCUCUUGACUUUACACAUUCUCUUUGCAAGAUUUAUCAGCAGCUUGUACAGACAAUGAAGGAACUGUUUGGUGGCCAUAGUCGAUUUUCUGUUGCUCUGAAUGAGGGGUUAGCUGGUGCAUUUAAAUCUCUGAGUGAAGUGUCAGGUGUUGAGGUGUGUGAGACUGUAGUUCUGGCUAUUGACUCUUUGCUAGAUGUGGCAGGGAAGGAUAGUGGUCGUAUCCAACAUGUGGGUGAAGGAGAAAGAGAUAGACAGCUCAGAGAGCUAGCUCAACCUCUUUACUGUCUUAGAGGACUGGAUUUAGCACAUGUGUUUGAACACUUCUACAGGAGACAUCUAUGCCGUCGAUUGCUACGUGGUCGUUCUGUUUCUAUUGAUCUUGAAAGAAAGGCAGCCCAUGAAUAUGAUGCCUGUUUUAGACAUAAAUGGCCAAAAAAGAUGUUGGAAGAUAUGGCAGAAAGUGCAAAUCUGAUGAACUGGUUUGUAGAUCAUCAAAUGGAACUUUUGGAUGUUUCACUCGCACAAUCAAUGGACUUUCAGAAUGAAGUGAAAGUACUUUCACGAAAACUAACUAUUUAUCGAUGUAAAAAUCUGACAGUUCACACUCUCACUCCUUGUCACUGGUCUCUUAAGAGCAGAAUGCUUCUUCAGCCGUCUGCUUUGCCGGAUACAUUGGCUCAGUUUUGUGAAGACUACAAGCGAUUUUUUGUUCGACAGAGUCGUUCCAGCCUUUGCCAGUAUGAAAGAGUCCGUAAACUAGACUGGAGUCUUUAUGGUUGGGCAGUCAUUAGUUUUUGUCACUUGCAACUUAUUACUGGAACUCCGCAUAUGAUAAUACUGAAUGUGUUUAACUCUCACAAGAGAAUAACUUUUUCUAUGCUAAAAGAAUUGACAGGAUUGAGUGAAGAUGAAAUGAGAACUAGUUUGGUUUCUCUAACUGCCAACAGGCAGAGAGUACUGCUGCAACAUCGUGAUGCAACAGGUGGAAGUGGUACGGACUCUGAAGGUGAAGAGACUUCGUACUCAGACGGCGACACCUUUAUGGUCAAUGAAGACUUUGUCAACUCUGUGAAAAGUGGAGUAAAUACUGUUCGAAUUCGUACUGUACAUUUAGUUGGUGCAUCAGGAGAAGACUCAGUGGGGAGACGGAAUCUUGCUCAUGUGUUUGAGAGAAGAAAAGCGAUAGUUGAUACUGCUAUAGUAAGACUGCUGAAGAAAGAGAAGUCUAUGACAACAGAUGCUAUUGCAUUGCAGGUGAUGAAAGGUUGCCAGGAAGGCCAAUUUGAAGGUCACAAACCUUUUGGUUCAUUUGAGUGUCACUACCAAGAUGUUUGUUUGGCAAUUGGACGGUUAACGAGCAAUGGAUAUUUAAAGAGAGACGAGGAGAGCUCAAAUGUGCUGCAUUAUGUCCCAGAUAAUUCAUUACAAGGACAGGGGAGUGAGGAAGUUGCUGAGGAUGCUGACUAUGAAGUAGUUACUACAGAUGGUACAAGCAAAGCAGGUAUAGAAGCAGCAGUUCUGCCUGAAGCAGCAGUUCUGCCUGAAGCAGCUGGUGAAGAAAAGAAGAAGAAAACAUCUGGAAAGCGUGUUUCAAAACAAAAAAGCAUUGAUACAAAGCCAGUGCCAGGUUCUCCUGGCAUGUCUCGAGGUCGCGCAAGCAAAAAGAGUCCUGCAUUCAUUCGCAUGUAUUCUUGUGAUGUAUAUGCACAUGAUCCUUCACCUAUCAGUCUGCCCCAUGCAUCAGCUUCUCUUAGUAUUGAUGAAGUGAAAGAUGAGCUUACAGUGAUGUGUAACAGAGUAGCUCAAGUUCUCAAACUUAAUCUACUUCGUGUUCAGCAUUUACUAUGCCACUGCAAAUGGAAUGAAGAUGCUACAAUACAUAGGUUUCUUAGUGAAGGAAAUACUAUAUUGAUUGAAGCCGGGUUGGAAGUAGACAAGCGACUUUGUUCUACAGUGGCUUGUUCAUCUUGCCCUGUUUGUGAUGGAGAAAUGAUUGAAGGGCAGUGGUUGUCAUUAGCAUGUGAUCAUCGCAUUUGUAAGAGUUGUUGGAAACAGCAUUUGUCUUAUCAAAUUCAGUUGAGUCAGAUACUUUCUUGCACUUGUCCGUUUCCUGACUGUACGGCGCGUCCUGAUCCAUCUUUUAUUCAGCAAAUUCUUGGAGAGGGCAGCGAGGAGUUGGAGAAAUUUCAAAGGGCUGUAAUUCGAUCUUAUGUAGAAGGAAGUGGCAAGUUGACAUGGUGUCGAAAUCCACAAGGUUGUGAUCAAAUAUUGCUACAUGGUGGUGUUGCUGAUGUUGGAACGUGCUCCAAAUGUGGCUGGACAUCAUGCUUCUCGUGCACUUUUACUGAAGCUCAUUAUCCUGCUUCUUGCCAGCAGAUUUCUCAGUGGGUUGAUGAUGGUGGUUUUUAUGAAGGGAUGAAUGAAGAAGCUAAGUCAAAGCAACUGGCAAAGAUGAUUUCCAAGAAAUGUCCUCGUUGCUCUGCACCCAUUGAGAAGAAUGAAGGAUGUCUUCAUAUGACGUGCAAAUGUGGACAUGACUUUUGUUGGCGUUGUUUGAAGCCUUGGCGGCCAACUCAUUCAGACUACUAUCGUUGCUCUGCCAAAGUGAGCAAAAUGGCAAAAUCAGGCAAGCGAUUUGUUGAUAUUAAUCAGCAGUGUACAGGGCAUCAUACAUCAAGGCAAUUUGCUGAGAGGCUUUCCAUGCGUGUCAGUAGUAUUAUGGAGUCUGUACCAGUGCAGUACGUCACUUUUGUAGUGGAUGCUUGUUUGCUGUUACAAAGAGCAAGAAAGGUUCUCUCCUAUUCUUGUGUUUACUUAUACUAUGCUAAAGGUUCUGGUCGUGUUGAUUAUCUGAGCUUUAUUGCUGAUGCUUUAGAAGGGGACACAAAUGCACUACAAGCUCUGCUUGAGAACAUUGUGUUGCGAGUGCCUGACAUUGGCCAUGCUGUACGUACCAUUCAAGAACAGCAUAUUGCUAGUGGCCAGCAGUUAAUGGCUCGUCUUCAAGUCAUUAUUGAUAAAAUGUUGUUAGGAUCAAGACAGCACUAUCAACUCGGAGAAACUCUAAGAGAAUUGCCAAAGAGUGGGUUCAUUCUGGACACCGGAGAAGAGGAUUCUGCAACCUCGUUGUUUGGUCAUUUUGGUGAUGCUAUUGAAAAUAACAAUGAGACAAGUGGAAGUGAGAGUGGUUCAGGAAGUUCUGACCACAGUGACACCAGUUUCAAUAAUUCAGACAAUGUUCAAGACAAUGAAGAUGAUGACGACGACGAUGAUGAUGACGACGACGAUGAUGAUGACGAAGAUGAUGAUGAUGAUGACGACGACGACGACGACGAUGAUGAUGAUGACGAUGAUCAGAAUAUUCUUGAUGAAGAUGAUGAUGAGGUCACUGACAUUUACAGUGAUGAGAAUGAUUAUGAAGAUUCAGACUAUGUCGACCUUGACUUUUGAAAGCUGUCCUCUAUUCUUCUGUCUCUUGAACGCUAGGCAAACGUUUGCAGUUGCAUGCUAAAUGCAUUGCUAUUACGAUGCAUGUUCUUGAUGUUUGUAUUUUUUAGUUAGCUAUAGGGGAACAAUAGUUUCCUUACUACUAUUCUACAGUGCACUUGCAAGCACUUGUGUUUAGUUUACAUUAUUAAUGUUAUUUUGAACGUGAUUGGGAAAUUUUGUAAACUGUU